AUGCAGGAAUCAGUUUCACGGCACACCGCCUUGUACCUUCCUGCCAGGCGCCCUGCACAGCGCUGGACGCUCACCUUGACACCCCCAGCCAGCUGGGCGGCGGCGGCGGCGCCCGAGCUCUCCCGGACUGCGCCGGGCCCAGCCCGGGCCACCCCGGCGCCAGGCAGCUGGCUGGCCCGCGCGCUAUGGAAGUUCGAAAGGGCACGGAGGGCUACAACGCGCCGUGCUCCACUCAGCGGCUCCUCCACGCCCUCGCCCAUUCGGAGGCGGACCCAGGCAGUUUGCCCUUGGACUCCAAGUUGUCUGGGGACCCACAGGUCACCUUUGGAAGUGCGCCUGGGUGCAGUCCCUCGCCCCGCGUGGGGACCGUUGGCUAACCCGCCGGGUGUUUUCUCCCCUUCCUGCUCACUUUUCUCGGGCGCAUCCGUAGAGCAGACCUACGGCGAGGUGAACCAGCUGGGCGGUGUGUUCGUCAAUGGCCGCCCCCUGCCCAACGCCAUCCGCUUGCGCAUUGUGGAGCUGGCGCAGCUCGGCAUCCGACCCUGUGACAUCAGUCGGCAGCUCCGCGUAUCCCACGGCUGCGUGAGCAAGAUCCUGGCUCGCUACAACGAGACGGGCUCCAUCCUGCCUGGGGCCAUUGGGGGCAGUAAACCCCGAGUCACCACUCCCAACGUGGUCAAGCACAUCCGGGACUACAAGCAGGGAGACCCUGGCAUCUUUGCCUGGGAGAUCCGAGACCGGCUGCUGGCCGACGGCGUCUGUGACAAGUACAAUGUGCCCUCGGUGAGCUCCAUCAGCCGCAUCCUGCGCAACAAGAUCGGCAGCCUGGCGCAGCCUGGACCGUACGAGGCAAGUAAGCAGCCGCCGUCGCAGCCUACGCUGCCCUACAACCACAUCUACCAGUACCCCUACCCCAGUCCCGUGUCACCCACGGGCACCAAGAUGGGCAGCCACCCUGGGGUCCCGGGCACGGCGGGCCACGUCAGCAUCCCGCGCUCAUGGCCCUCGGCACACUCGGUGAGCAACAUCCUGGGCAUCCGGACGUUUAUGGAGCAAACAGGGGCUCUGGCUGGGAGCGAAGGCGCCACUUACUCUCCCAAGAUGGAAGACUGGGCCAGCGUGAACCGCCCGGCCUUCCCGACCACCCCCGCAGUGAAUGGACUGGAGAAACCUGCUUUAGAGGCAGAUAUUAAAUACACUCAGUCGGCUUCCACCCUCUCGGCCGUGGGCGGCUUCCUCCCCGCCUGCGCCUACCCGCCCUCCAACCAGCACGGCGUGUACAGCGCCCCAGGCGGCGGCUACCUCGCCCCGGGCCCGCCGUGGCCGCCGGCGCAGGGCCCUCCUCUGGCGCCCCCCGGAGCCGGUGUAGCCGUGCACGGCGGGGAACUCGCGGCAGCUAUGACCUUCAAGCAUCCCAGCCGUGAAGCCUGAGAAUUACAUACAUACUUGGGUUAUGGGUUUUUACCCCUCACUGGUAGAACAGCUGACUUCAAAGAUCUAUCUCCCCAACACAACUGAUCUUUGAAAAGACAAAUAAAUAAAUAAAUAAGAAUCACUGCCUUUUAUUUUCUGAUCAGUUCCUAAGAAAUUAAUAUUUUCAAACAAACUUGUCCCGCAGGACAAUUUACUAUCACUAAUUGUUCAAUUCAUAAGAAUAGUAAGAGUAGCUUUUACAGAAUUUCUUUUCAGUAAGAAAAAAUUCUUCAGUGUAGUGAAAAGCAAUUUAAUACAAUGAAUGCUCAGUAAAAACAAAUAUCUUUGAUCACCUAACACAUACGUAGAACACACACACAGUGAUAUAUACAACACAGUGAUAUAUAUAUAUCAAUAUGUCCUCCAAAUUAGCACAAAUGAACAUUUUAACAGUUACCCUAAGUGAAGCUUAAUCAAAUGUCAAAUUGAAAAUUUAACAUUUAAUUAAAUGUUAAUUGAUUAAUUGUGUUAUCUAA